AUGGCUUCUACCAUAUCAUCUAAACCUCAAUUGAAAGUAUUGGGGAUAGAUGUUGAACUGAUUAGAGUUUUAUUAAAAGUUAUUAUAUUUAUAUCGAUAGCAGGUGCAGCUAUUUCUUCUCGUUUAUUUUCCGUGAUUCGAUUUGAAAGUAUUAUUCAUGAAUUCGAUCCUUGGUUCAAUUUCCGAGCAACCAAAUAUUUAGUCACUCAUUCCUUUUAUGAAUUUUUGAAUUGGUUUGAUGAUAGAACUUGGUACCCAUUGGGAAGAGUCACUGGUGGUACUUUAUAUCCCGGUUUAAUGGUGACUUCAGGUGCCAUUUGGCAUAUUUUACGUGAUUGGUUUGCCUUACCCGUUGAUAUUAGAAAUAUUUGUGUUUUAUUAGCACCAGUUUUCUCGGGAUUAACUGCAAUUUGUACUUAUUUUUUGACUAAAGAAAUGAAGGAUUCUAGUGCAGGAUUAUUGGCAGCUAUAUUUAUGGGGAUUGCCCCAGGUUAUAUUUCAAGAUCAGUGGCUGGUUCUUAUGAUAAUGAAGCAAUUGCCAUUACUUUAUUAAUGGCAACAUUUUAUUUCUGGAUUAAAUCAAUGAAAAUGGGUUCAGUUUUCUAUGCCACAUUGACAGCAUUAUUCUAUUUCUAUAUGGUUAGUGCUUGGGGUGGAUAUGUUUUCAUUACCAAUUUGAUUCCAUUACACGUAUUUGUCUUGAUUUUCAUGGGUCGUUAUAAUGCCAAACUUUACACUGCUUAUACUACAUGGUAUGCCUUGGGUACUUUGGCAUCAAUGCAGAUUCCAUUCGUUGGGUUUUUACCAAUUAGAUCAAAUGAUCAUAUGGCUGCAUUAGGAGUAUUUGGAUUGUUACAAUUAGUGGCUUUUGGUGAUUAUGUUAAAUCAAAAGUUCCAACCAAACAAUUUAAAUCAUUCUUGAUAGUUUCCAUUGUACUUGUUGUUGGAUUAGGUAUUGGUGGAUUAUUUGGAUUAACAGCAAUGGGUUGGAUUGCUCCUUGGACAGGUAGAUUUUAUUCCUUAUGGGAUACAAAUUAUGCCAAGAUUCAUAUUCCAAUUAUUGCUUCUGUUUCUGAACAUCAACCUACUGCUUGGCCAGCAUUCUUUUUCGAUACUAGUAUGCUUAUUUGGUUAUUCCCCGCUGGUAUCUAUUUAUGUUUCCAAGAAUUGAAGGAUGAACACGUUUUCAUUAUCAUUUACAGUGUAUUGUGUUCUUAUUUUGCUGGUGUCAUGGUAAGAUUGAUGUUGACUUUGACUCCAGUCAUUUGUGUUGCUGCAGCAAUUGCCUUAUCUAAAUUGUUUGAUGUCUAUUUGGACAUUGUUGAUUUGUUCACUGAGAAAGUUGGAAAGUAUGAUGAUGACGUUAGUGACGAAUCCAAGAGCUCAACCAAAAAAUCAAGUUCCAGAUUUCCAAUUGCUGGAUAUUUGUCAAAAGUUUUGGUUUUACUGACAUUUACAUUUUACCUUUUCUACUUUGUUUUACAUUGUACUUGGGUAACAUCGAAUGCUUAUUCAUCACCAUCAGUUGUUUUAGCAUCCAGAAACCCAGAUGGCUCACAACAUAUCAUUGAUGAUUAUAGAGAAGCCUAUUACUGGUUAAGAAUGAAUACACCAGAAGAUGCCAAAGUUAUGGCCUGGUGGGAUUAUGGUUAUCAAAUCGGGGGUAUGGCUGAUAGAACCACACUUGUUGAUAACAAUACAUGGAAUAACACACAUAUUGCCACUGUUGGUAAGGCAAUGUCUUCCCCUGAAGAUGUGUCGUAUGAAAUUUUGAGACAACACGAUGUUGAUUAUGUGUUAGUUAUAUUUGGAGGGUUAUUGGGUUAUUCUGGUGAUGAUAUUAACAAAUUCUUAUGGAUGGUAAGAAUUGCUGAAGGUAUCUGGCCUGAUGAAAUCAAAGAAAGAGACUACUUUACUGACCGAGGAGAAUAUAAAGUGGAUAAAGAUGCAUCACUGGCAAUGAAGAAUUCUUUGAUGUAUAAGUUAUCGUAUCAUAGAUUCACUGAAUUGUUUGGAGGUAGAGAUGGUGUUGAUAGAGUUAGAAACCAACAAAUCCCAGCCAAUGAAGUACCGAAAUUGAAUGUUGUUGAAGAAGCCUUCACAUCAGAAAAUUGGAUUGUGAGAAUUUACAAAGUUAAAGAUUUGGAUAAUGUUGGUAGAGAUUUACAUCAAGCUACUGCUUUUGAAGAAUCAUCAUCCGGCACUUCCAAAAGAAACAGAUCCAUAAAGAGACCUAAAUUGGAAGUAAGAGAGUAA